CAUGAUUAUUAUUUAAAUAGUGAAAUGAUGUCAAAUGCUCAUCACUAGUGUGCGUGUGUGACUGACUGAGGAAGACUGAUUGCACUGCCACUGGCCUUAGGCAAGUUCAGCACUCCAUCUAUCAAUGUCCCUGCAGGAUGAAAAUACUGGGGAGAGAUUGAUGAUCCAUGUGAUUAAACUCUUAAGUUUUUAGUGGGACUGGUCUGGUGGUUUACUCUAUUUAGGCUGCUAUUAUGUUAUUAUGAUUGCUUUGCGAUGGGUGAUAUCAUUUUAAGUGUGUGUGCACGUGUGUGGCCACAUACGAGAGGCUGACGUUUCAUAUAGAUGUAUUGCUUUACCUCUAAUCAUCCAGUGUUGCACAGCUCUUCAUUUACAGUAAUUGGUUUUGAGUCCUUUUUUUACUGUAUCCAUUGAAAUGCUAUGUCUGUGUUAAUCAGAUCAUAAUCAAGAUCAGAUCAAUGAUGAUUAAAUAGGGAACAUAAGCCUAAUUCACGUGGACAAUAAAUCAAUUACAUUUUAUGAAUGAAGUACAGCACUGGGAAUGUAGCUGACUAGUCCAUUUCAUUAAGUGCUUGGAUAACACAGUUUCAGGACUUCAUAGCCUUCAUUCAGUGAGUCUGGUGAUAACUUUCAGGAAGCUGUUUAACAGGAGAGAAACUAUUUCAGCCUUAACUGGUAACACAAUGUUCCUCCGCCGGUAGCCUAGCGGUUAAAGCGUUGGGACAGUAAACGAAAGGUUGCUUGUUCGAAUCCCCAAGCCGGCAAGGUGGAAAAAUCCGCUGUUCUGCCCUUGAACAAGGCAGAUAAACCUCCCCGGGCGCCAAUGACGUCGAUUAAGGCCCUCUGAUUCAGAGGGGUUGGUUUAAAUGCAUAAACACAUUGUGGUUGAAUGCAUUCAGUUGUGCAAUUGACUAAGUAUACCCUUUCCCUAAUCAGGUUUUCCACAAUGGCAAAGCGAGGUCAACCCUCUGCUCAUUCAUUGCUAAGGAACUGAUGAAGCCAAGGUUGUCAUGUGAGAAACUCUUGAGCUGUCAGAAAUUCGAUGCAUUUCAUGCAUGGCCUCUGACUAUGGUUAUUGUUAUUGCAUUUUAGCCCACUUGCCGUGCCUUGAGAUAUUUAUGAAACAUAAGGAAACAUAGUUGACGCAUGGACAUUAUAAAUUGUAGGAUCUAUACAAUGGCCUAUGCCAUUUUUCAUACAUAGGGUCCAAGAGUUUGUGCUGCUCCGGUUACUUGACGGUAACUCCUGGCCCAAGAUUUCUGACGCAUAUACCCUGACCUAGAAAAACUCAGGUCCCUAUAGGCUAAUCAUACAAGGGGUUUGUUGUGUGAAGCCUAUGUUCUCAGCUUGGACCAUGUCACAGGAAGUUGUCUCAGAGGCAGGCAAGACAGUGGCUUUGUCAGCAGAGGCCAAGGGGGGGCUGCUUCCUCUGGUGUGGAGGUGACACUUCCUACAUUCAUUAUUCUCCAUGGUCCUUAAGCUCUUAAGAAAUGUCUCGGCCGAGAGAGGCUGCAGCCUGGCGGGGUUCGAACCAAUGACUGUAUAUAUGACUCACCACCUGGAUUCGGUCUUAUGUAGCAAUUUGAAUUUCAGUUUUUUAUAUUGGAUAAAAGUAGAGAUUCAGAGCUACAAAAUGGUAUAUCAUACACUGCAUUUCUGAGGAACAAUGGGACCACCUAUGGGAGGAAGGAUGUCAGCGUUGCGCUUCAGCCGAAACCUGGUCCCGACAGUCGGAACGCUUCUUGGUGACAACACCAGGCUCCAGAGCAUCGAAGCUGUAAAACGGGGAAUAACAAAAAAUCUGAAGACAUUACAACCCCGCACAACAUCAAUUCACCUCCCAAGUUUAGAUAAGAAUAACCUCAUACAAAUAAAACUAUUAUUUUUACCCCGAAGUGCUGGUACUGCUUGAUCUGUGGCAAUGGCCUGAAGUACGGAGUCAGAUGUUGUUUCCCUCCAUAGUUUUCCACAAGCACCGUACCAUCCUCCAGUCCAAUCAGCUGUGGGAUGUUGACCCCUGUCAAUCUCAGUGUUCAGUCUGGUCUUUCUGAAGUGCUGCUUGAUGAGGCCCGAAGCACCAGUCCGGGGCAAACUUGGUGUGGCCUGUGAUCAGGAAGUGAAGGUCCAGAUUGUGAUGGAGCUUGGUCCACCAGGCACAAUACCAGAUCACACACUUGUUCUUGUUUUGGCCACUGCAGUUAUCACAAUUCAGGAACAACUCCGUAGUUGGUGAAGAAAUGGUGCAUGUAGUUGAUGACUGCGCUGCUGCCUUUGCUUGCUUGGGCCAGCUCUCUUUUUGAUGACUGUAUGACUGGUUGAUUAGAGUCAGGUGUGUUAUACUGAUUUAAUGCUGAAAGACACAUUCCAGAUACAAAUAUUUGAGCAUUAUUAUACAAUGGAUGCAAAAUGGCAUUCUGAGAACAUCACUACACACAGUUCAUACAGGCAAUGUUAGCUACUGUAGCUAGCCAGCCAUUUAAUGUCAGCUGGCUAGCUAACAGCAAGCUAGCUGAAGUUAACCAAUAAGUUCAAUGUUAGCUAGCUAACAUUAGGCUAUAACUAGCAAUGCGAAAUGGCAUUCUGAGAAAACAUCACCAACGUUACACACACUUCAUACACAAGUUAAUGUUAGCUAGCAAGCCAGCCACCUAACGUUAGCAAGCUAACAGCAAGCUUUAACUUGGUAUCUUUUGUUUAGACAUGUCACGUUAACAUUAGCUAGCUAGCUAAAAAAAAAAUAACUAUAAUCCCACUCUAUAGAGUAAUGUUACUAGCAACACAAACCAAUUGUCAUAGCAAGCUAAAGUUAACCAAAAAACGUUAGGUUCAAUGUUAGUUAGCAAGCCAGCCAUCGAACUCCAGCUGGCUAGCUAACAGCAAGCUUUAGCUUGCAAUGAAAACAACUUUCGGACAAAAUUAGAAACGUAUAAUAUCUGGAAUCUGUAGCUAGAUUCUUAAGUGUAUACAUGGAUGAAAGCUUCACGGCAGACUGCAACCCCUUUUUAUAAGACAUCCUGUGUUUCCGUUUAGUUUGCACAGAUUGUUUGCCCCGUUGUGUUCCACUGAUUUCAAAACGUGUUAUGAAAUGAGUCAGCAUUGUAUGGCACGAUCGUCAUCCAGAAACGGACCUUUGUCAAUAUCGCCUGAUAAAGUCAGGCCAGCAAUGUUAUUGAGAGCAGUAGCAACAUAUUUGCAGUUCUCCAUGGCUAACAUGUCUUUAUAAUAAAAUGCAGUAAAAGGAUGUAUCUACACAUUACGAGCAGGUCAUUUUAAGACCUGCUCGUAAUGAUGCAACACCACAGACCAAUCCAAACUCCUCCCUCGGCAUGUCCAGCCCAUUCAUUAUCUCAGCCAAUCAUGGCUAGCGGGAAGGUUUUCUGUGGCUAAACCAACUAGGCUUGUAAUUUAACAAUUUUAUAUGUAUUUACAGAUGACAUAAGUUUGAUAUUAAGGCACAUGAAAGUUCACAUGUUCGAGAAGGCAUUUCUGCCAAAAAACAUAUUUUGAUAAAUAUUAUUUUACGUUCAAAAGGCUCUCCUGUGAAGUCGUGACUUGCGACAUACGCCUAGUUUCCUGAAUCGGGUCACAUAUAUGAAUGCCCAAAGCCAUCAAUCACAGGACACCAUUCAUUCCUAUGUGAAGACUCAAUAGUGCUUUUGAAGCCCAGGAAAUCUGCUAAGAUGGUGUCUCGUGGGAGAUUUAUGUAGACACAGUAUGCGCAGUUUGAGCUACUCCCAGGAAGUGAUGUUGCAGGCGAGCUCAGUGCUGCUCCCUCAUUGAGUAUCUCACCUUGGCCAGCAGCAUACCACCCUGCAUCCCACUUCUGGCUUGCUUCUGAAGCUAAGCAGGGUUGGUCCUGGUGGGUCCCUGGAUGGGAGCCAGAUGCUACUGGAAGUGGUGUUGGAGGAACAGUAGGAGGCACCCUUUCCUCUGGUCUAAAAGAAAUAUCCCAAUCCCCCAGGGCAGUGAUUGUGGACAUUGCUCUGUGUAGGUUGCCACUUUUUAGAUGGGACUUUAAACGGGUGUCCUGACUCUUUGUGGUCACUAAAGAUCCCAUGGCACUUAUCGUAAGAGUUGGGGUGUUAACCCCGGUGUCCUGGCUAAAUUCCCUAUCUUGCCCUCAUACCAUCACGGUCACCUAAUUAUCCCCAGGUUACAAUUGGCUCAUUCAUCCCCCUCCUCUCCCCUGUAACUAUUCCCCAGGUUGUUGCUGUAAAUGAGAAUGUGUUCUCAGUCAACUUACCUGGUAAAAUAAGGGUUAAAUAAAAGGCCAACCGGAGUACUGCAGGCAGCCAUUAGCUACUAAAUUAUCCCUACUUCUUCUGUGUAUGAUUUUGUUUUAAAUAAUCAGUUCAAAGACAUGCAUCUGAUUUAAUAGAAGUAAUUAUUGGUACAAUGACCACAAAGAUUUUCCGAUGUUUUGCAAACAAUGCCUGCAGUACCGCAGUCGGCCUUGAACUUCUUGGCUUCAAUGAGAGGAAGCAGUCGUUCCACCCCCUGGUUCGAAUAAAGAAGGACACAACCCAGGGAUGAGGGGGAAGAGUGAGUUUCUCUUCUGUUCUCUUCGCUGCGUUUCCUGCCUCUCGACUGUGAGUGAAGUCUUUUUUUGUGAGAAGUUGUUCUCACAGACUCCUGCCCCUCGGCAAGUCUUUGUUUAUGAAUGACGUUAAUUAAUCAAUAUGAAGCUAACCUAGAAGAGGAUGUUAAUGGUCUGGUGAAAUCGGUGACCGAUGAAUACCAAGGUCAUAGCCAGGUACCUUGACUCAUAGCCAUAUGAGCUAUGUGCUCAUAGUAGCUAAGACUCCCAGCUCAAAUUCCAUGGUUUCAUCAUGCGAUGUGGUGUAAAUGUGAUCUAGAGAAUCUGAAGGAGGAAAUGUGUGUCUGGGGAUAGGUUUGAGGCCCCUUGUGGGAAACUAACCCUGGUCACUGCUGAUUCUGAUAAUUCCGUUAUCAAGCCUACCUAAUGUGAAUGUUCAGUGUGCUCUUAGGUAGGGCAGUCCUAGCCUAUUUAUUCAUAUCACAAGCUUGGCACAUACAAAGUUUAGCCUAAACCCAGAAUAGUAGGCCUGUCUGUAAACUGACCUCUUAGUAAGGUGCGGAAAAUGUUUGUUUCUUCUAUUCAAGUGAGAAAGAGGUGCAGCUAUUCAAAGCAUUCACGUCUACAGUGUGUGAAACAGACUGAAACAAACGGAACCAUUAGCCAAAAACUCUGAAUUUUUGAACAUUGUGACAAUGAUAUUUGACAAUUUAAUGGGAACAUCUCUUCUUGAGCUGCCCAUUUAGGGCUGUGACGGUCUUGGAAUUUGAGGUUAUGGUAAUUGGCCAGGUCAAUGUACGGUCAUCCAACAAAUUCGUUGGGGGGGGGGAUUGGUGCAUAUCGGCCUCAAAAGAAGCACUUGGCUUUUCUCUGCAACUUCACUAUUACCAUUAGUUAUUAUUACCUAUAAAUAUUAGUCCAGUAUACAAAUUAAGAAAUGUCAGAUUGGAGAGGAUUGUCACAUUUUCGUUUUGACACAACUUAAUGUAUAGGCUAUCAUACUCAAAAGAAACGUGGGAUUUCACUUUGUUUAAAUGUAUGUUACUGUUGUCUUAGGCCUAUAAGACCCAAUGUAAAAAGGGGACGUCACACUUGUUUACAUGGUUAUGCUUCUUAAUAAAACCUAUUUGAAACUAGUUUUGUUAUUAUCAUGGCACUUCAUUAUCAUAAUUGUUAUUCAGGUUAUUACUUAUAAAUAUUAAUCUACAAAUUAAGAAAUGCCAGGUUGGAGGAUCUAUGAAAUGUUUGUGUUGACACACAAUUAGCACAUGACUGAGUCAACAUAGAUGUAUGCCUAACUGUCGGCUUUUCUGCAAAAAAAAAAUAAUAUUCAAUACGGAUCCUAUUUUGACACACAAAUCCAUUCGCACGAAGUCCACUGUUUCAUUUCAAAAUGUUUUUUCCAAAAUGUAACAUCACACCCUGAUGCUGCGGUCAAUCGAUGGACAUCUAAGCCUAUAGAGAGAAUCAGCGAACUCUCUCUCCACACACACACACACCUCUGUAAAAGGACCCGUCAAUCAAAGCCACCAGCGCAUGUCAGACACAAGAAAAUAUUUAUUAUUUCCUUUAAACAUAUUUUUAAAAACCUAGGCCUACCUUAGGUUUUCUGAAAUGAGGAAGUAAGAUGAAUUGACAAGGAAUGUAUGAAGGGGAGAAAGACAGUUAUGCGAUAGUAUUAAAUUGACAAUCAUUAAAAUGUAAACAAAUAUACAUGUCUAUAACUUAAGAAAAGAUAACGCAUUAAGUUAUACCAUGCCAGGUUGGAGAGGAUUGGUGCAUUGUCCAUAUUUAUUUACUAGCAAGCAAUGGAAACGUGCAUUGUAUAAAAGAAAGUCCACACUUCAAGUGCCAUAGCCUAUAGGCUAGUGCUUCUACACCCCUGUGCAUCUAGCGGUUUAGCUGCUGGCGCAUCAAGAGCAUUGGAGAGGAAAUGUAGACCGUUUUAAUAGACAGUCUAACUUAAGUUAGCAGAACAUUGGCUCAUUCAUUAGUAAAUACCCCCGCUAUUAGGUAAAGUGUAUCUACAUGAAAAUAAAGUUCAUACAUUUAGCUAAUUUGGUUAAUAAUGUAGGCCUAUUUAAAAGUUUUUGACUUAUUUUAUUUUCACGACUGUCUUUAUCCAUAUGCGUCAAUUACACGGUUAUUCAAUUACUGUCACAGCCCUAUGUCCACCAACAUUGUUCACCAACAUUCAACUUUGUCUAGAACUCCGGUAUGGUGCAGAGGAAUGGGGCUGCAGCUUCAGUCUCUGCCUGUAUGGGUGUGUGAGCAGACGUGUUGUACAGGGAGACGGGAACGCUGCCAGUGUGUCUGCCAUCACCAUGGAGACACCUUUGUGCCACCACCAGUCUAGGUGAAGCAGAGGGCAGCCUCUGAUAGAUUGUGUUAUUUGUUUGGAAUCGCUUCUCAAUGCGGAGGCCAGGGGAAAUUACUGGAAAUUCUAAAGUGAAAUUCUAAGGUGCUUCAUAAGUGAACCCACCCAGAUAUGUCCAAUAUCACCUUGAUGACCCCCAUUAACCGUGCUCUCCAGGAUUUUUUUGUGCACUAUCAAACACUAACCAGUUUCUUGUAGCCGAAUGUUGGCACCAUGUCCUCACGGAUGCUACUAAUAAAGACAGAUGUCUUAUUUCCUUCCAUUGUCUGCUCAAAUGUGUUUCUCCCCUGGAUCAACACAAUGAACCUCUGACUGCACAUCUGACUAAUGAACAGCACCACUCGGACAAGAUGGCAGGUCUCUUUAGAGCGAAGGCAAUGAGGCGACGGAUUGUCCGUGUCAGUCACUGGGUUCCUGGGCAGAGGAAGAGGAUUUUCACCCUCAUUGGCUCCUUAUCUAUCUCUGGAGUGCUGCUUCAUUAUGUCCCCUGCUAGUGCUGCUAGAACCCCCCCUCCCCCCUCUCUUGGCAGACAGUCCCCAUUGUCUCCUUCUCAAGCACAGACAGUCACUCUCCAGAGGGAUUUAAGCAUUUUAAGGCAUGACGCGUGCAGCCGGGGGCCAACAGCCAUGGACUUGUUUGUCUGUUUUUUUCCCCCUCCUUUCUAUCUGGCUAACAUGACCAAAUUUGAGGAGGGUUUCUUUACAUUUAAUCUUUAUCCUUGGUAUUUUACCGGUAUCCACCAGAACACCACAGUCCAAAAUAAUACAAAUAUACACGUAGCCAAGCUGAUUUGUUUUUGUAACAUCUCCGGUGUUCUCCCUCCCACAUCAACAGUGGUGCAAUACCACUGCAACCGACUGAUGUGUGUACGUAGGGAAACGCAACAGCAGCCAUGCAAGGUGCAAAUCCAACAGAAUAUCAUUUAUGUAUUUAACCUUUAUUUAACUAGACAAGUCAGUUAAGAACAAAUUUCUAUUUACAAUGACAGUCUACCUCGGCCAAAUCCUAACGACGCUGGGCCAAUUGUGCGCCGUCCUAUGGGACUCCCAAUCACGGCCGGUUGUGAUACAGCCUGAAAUGGAACCAGGGUCUGUAGUGACGCCUCGAGCACUGAGAUGCAGUGCCUUAGACCGCUGUGCCACUCGGGAGCCCUAAGUGGGAGAAAGAAGUCUAUGUUGUUACAAUGGAUAUCCAAAUCCUUUUUUGUACCUGAUGCCUCCAUCUCACAGGAUGAUGGUAUGACAUAGACGAAGACUACACAUGCAUAAGGGAGUGGGCUAGACUCCCAGGAGUGACAAUACAUUUCGUGUUUAAAGGGUAGGAAGCAGGAGUCUUUACUCACCAAUGUAACACCACAUGGUCAAAGAAUAAUAAACUUUUAGUUGUAAUCACAAUCUGGUUACUUCUAACUCCAAAAAUUAGGUUUUGGGUUUCAAAAUAUUUAUUUACUUAUUUUCGGAUAUCUACGGCACUACUGCUACUGUCAUUCAGAGAAGCUACUCUGGUACAGAGUUUGUUUGCGAUGUUCGAGCUGGCUAACUUUAGCCACUAGACAGGCUAGCAUGUAAUUACAUUCCAGACCUAGUGUUGGCAAUGGUAAACUACAAUUAAUGAUGUAUAUUAACCCUAGAUUGCUGAUGCUAUGGAUUAGCCAAUGAGAGGCUUUGAAGCCACCGGUUGGCCAUAUUGGCACUCCCCAGAAGAAGCCAUCCUCCAUAGGAGUUAAUGGAAUUCUACAGUAUUUCAAUUAAGUUACAUGUAUUUAAGUAUUUUUUGCUUUUGUAGUGGGGGCAGUAACAUUAGAACUUUCAAAAAAGUAUACUUAAUGGUAAAUGUUUUUUAUAUAUAUUUUUAUGUUUAGAAAAGUGAGGUUUUAACUUUGCAUUGGGCCUUUUGAUGCGUAUACUAAUGUAACCACAUGUAACAUGGAUUUGCGUUUUUGCUACCUUUCAUUUUAAUGAACGGGAGAGACUGGGGGUAACCACGGCACCAGGAAAGAGCGGAGCUCACCUCUGGAUCCCCAUCACAUGCUCAUUGCUCCCAUCAUGCUCCAUUCUUUGUCUGCCUCUGUAAGCUCACUGAUUAGUCGCUCUCAGUGAGGUGGUGGUGAUCUAGCUGUGUUGGGCUUCCUUCGGCUAGGCUAGAGACUCCUAGCCACAGGAGUGAGCUGCAUGACAUCACUGAGAAAGUUGCAUCAUUCACUCCAUAUCUGAAGAGGAGAUGAAAACAAAGGCAGAAUGGUAUAGCCUAGUAACAGAAGAACGUCACUGGCUCGGGUUGGAGGUGAGCCUGAAAUGGUGUUGAGUACGGUUGUCUGUAGUUGCGCUUAAUUUCUUCUGCCCCUUACUAUUUUGAUUUGUUCUGUUUCACUUCUUGUAGGGUAGGCCUAAGCCUACUCUGACAUAAUUACCGGGUUGCCUGGUGACUAAUGUGUUUCCUGAGAGGGUGGUUGUUUCAUCAUUAGCCUGCUCUGCAACAAAGGGAGCUGUGAGUCGUUAUUAGCUCUGUGUCCUUCACACUCAGUAAUAGUGAGUGGAAGUAGCAGUGUGUGAGAAUACAGGGCCCACUGUUCCAAUGCACGACUGCAGUCGUGACGUAGGGAGAGGGUGUGUGGUUUGUAGUCAGUUCCGGACCGUCUCUCAGAGCCAGACAUUCUCAAUAACACACACUGCCACUGUGUGAUUAGUUACCCGGUUUUCAGUGGGGCUAUGUUCUGAAGAUGUGGACUCUUUAGGUGAAAUAAGCUGGCAAAUCAGUGGUGUUGUCAUCGAGGCCAGGUACGACACCCUCAUAGUCACCCCAUAGUCAUAGUCACACAAAUUACAAAUUACUAUUUUGUUUAACAAAAAAAAAACAGAUAUUUAACUAAAUUUGCAAAUGAGGUGAUGUCAUCUCAUUAAAUAUGAACAUAUUUGUAUAUCACACAAAUAAGUUAUUGUGGACACCGGAUGAAGUCAGCGUAAAUAUUUUGUUAAGACACUACAGGACCAGACUUGUCCAGAGCAAAUUGUGGAUAAAUACUUUUUUCAUCAUUCUGUCUAUAAAAAUCUACAGUACCAGUCAAAAGUCUGGAUACUACUCAUUGAAGGGUUUUUAUUUAUUUUUACUAUUUUCUACAUUGUAGAAUGUAGUAAACAAAGUGUUAAACAAAUCAAUAUAUAUUUCAGAUUCUUCAAAGUAACCACCCUUUGCCUUGAUGACAGCUUUGCACACUCUUGGCAUUCUCUCAACCAGCUUCAUGAAGAUUGCUUUUCCAACAAUCUUGAAGGAGUUCCCACAUGCUGAGCACUUGUUGGCUGCUUUUCCUUCACUUUGUGGUCCAAUUCAUCCCAAACCAUCUCAAUUGGGUUGAGGUCUGGUUAUUGUGGAGGCAAGGUCAUCUGAUGCAGCACUUCAUCACUCUCCUUUGUCAAAUAUCCCUCAUUGUCCUAAUGAACAACAAAUGACAGUCCCACUAAGCACAAACCAGAUGGGAUGGCGUAUCGCUGCAGAAUGCUGUGGUAGCCAUGCUGGUUAAGUGUGCCUUGAAUUCUAAAUAAAUCACUGACCAGUGUCACCAGCAAAGCACCAUCACACCUCCUUCAUGCUUCAAGGUGGGAACUACACAUGCAGAGAUCAUCUGUUCACCUACUCUGCAUCUCACAAAGACAUUGGGUUGGAACAAAAAAUCUCAAAUUUGGACUCAUCAGACCAAUGGACAGAUUUCCACCGGUCUAAUGUCUAUUGCUCGUGUUUCUUGGCCCAAGAAUGUUUCUUCUUCUUAUUGGUGUCCUUUAGUAGUGGUUUCUUUGCUGAAAUCCGACCAUGAAGGCCUGUUUUCACACAGUCUUCUCUGAACAAUUGAUGUUGUUUGUUACUUGAACUCUGGAGCAUUUAUUUGGGCUGCAAUUUCUAAUGAACUUAUCCUCUGCAGCAGAAGUAACUCUGGGUCUUCCUUUCCUGUAAUGUUCCUCAUGAGAGCCAGUUUCAUCAUAGCGUUUGCUGGUUUUUGCGACUGCACUUAGAGGAAAUAAAUUCAACAAUAAACUUUUAACAAGGCACACCUGUUAAUUGAAAUGCAUUCCAGGUGAUUUUAUUUAACUUUUAUUUAACCAGGUAGGCCAGUUGAGAACAAGUUCUCAUUUACAACUGCGACCUGGCCAAGACAAAGCAAAGCAGUGCGACCAAAAACAACACAGUUACACACAAACAAACGUACAUUCAAUAACACAAAAGAAAAAUAGAUUUUUCUAUGUACAGUGUGUGCAAAUGUAGAAGAGUAGGGAGGUAGGCAAUAAAUAGGCCCUAGAGGUGAAAAUAAUUACAAUUUAGCAUUGAUACUGGAGUGAUAGGUGUGCAGAUGAUGAUGUGCAAGUAGAGAUACUGGGGGUGCAAGAGGGUAAGUAAUAAUAUGGGGAUGAGGUAGUCGUGUGCUAUUUACAGAUUGGCUGGCUAGGUACAGUGAUCGAUCGGUAAGCUAGGGUGCGUCGUUAGGGUUCGUCAGGGUGCGUCGUUAGGGUUCGUCAGGGUGCGUCGUUAGGGUGCGUCAGGGUGCGUCGUUAGGGUUCGUCAGGGUGCGUCGUUAGGGUUCGUCAGGGUGCGUCGUUAGGGUUCGUCAGGGUGCGUCGUUAGGGUGCAUCAGGGUUCGUCGUCAGGGUGCGUCGUUAGGGUUCGUCAGGGUGCGUCGUUAGGGUGCGUCAGGGUGCGUCGUUAGGGUUCGUCAGGGUGCGUCGUUAGGGUUCGUCAGGGUGCGUCGUUAGGGUGCAUCAGGGUUCAUCGUUAGGGUGCGUCAGGGUGCGUCGUUAGGGUUCGUCAGGGUGCGUCGUUAGGGUGCGUCAGGGUGCGUCGUUAGGGUUCGUCAGGGUGAGUCGUUAGGGUGCGUCGUUAGGGUGCGUCGUUAGGGUGCGUCAGGGUGCGUCGUUAGGGUGCGUCAGGGUGCGUCGUUAGGGUGCGUCAGGGUGCGUCGUUAGGGUGCGUCAGGGUGCGUCGUUAGGGUGCGUCGUUAGGGUUCGUCAGGGUGCGUCGUUAGGGUGCGUCAGGGUGCGUCGUUAGGGUUCGUCAGGGUGCGUCGUUAGGGUGCGUCAGGGUGCGUCGUUAGGGUUCGUCAGGGUGCGUCGUUAGGGUUCGUCAGGGUGCUUCGUUAGGGUACGUCAGGGUGCGUCGUUAGGGUGCGUCAGGGUGCGUCGUUAGGGUUCGUGCUCUGACAGCUGAUACUUAAAGUUAGUGAGGGAGAUAUAAGACUCCAGCUUCAGUGAUUUUUGCAAUUCAUUCCAGUCAUUGGCAGCAGAGAACUGGAAGGAUAGGCAGCCAAAGUAAGUGUUGGCUUUGGGGAUGACCAGUGCAAUAUACCUGCUGGAGCACGUGCUACAGGUGAGUGUUGCUAUGGUGACCAGUGAGGUGAGAUAAGGCGAUGCUUUACCUAGCAAAGACUUAUAGAUGACCUGGAGCCAGUGGGUUUGGCGACGGAUAUGUAGCGAGGGCCAGCCAACGAGAGCAUACAAGUCGCAGUGGUGGGUAGUAUAUGGGGCUUUGGUGACAAAACGGAUGGCACUGUGAUAGGCUACAUCCAGUUUGCUGAGUAGAGUGUUGGGGGCUAUUUUGUAAAUGACAUUGCUGAAGUCAAGGAUCGGUAGGAUAGUCAGUUUUACGAGGGUAUGUUUGGCAGCAUGAGUGAAGGAUGCUUUAUUGCGAAAUAGAAAGCCAAUUCUAGAUUUAACUUUGUAUUGGAGAUGCUUAAUGUGAGUCUGGAAGGAGAGUUUACAGUCUAACCAGACACCUAGGUAUUUAUAGAUGUCCACAUAUUCUAGGUCAGAACCGUCCAGAGUAGUGAUGUUGGCCAGGGUAGGGGUAGCCAGGUGGAAAGCAUGGCCAGCCGUGGAAAAAUGCUUAUUGACAUUUACAUUUACAUUUAAGUCAUUUAGCAGACGCUCUUAUCCAGAGCGACUUACAAAUUGAAAUUAUCAUAGAUUUAUCGGUGGUGACACUGUUUCCUAUCCUCAGUGCAGUGGGCAUCUGGGAGGAUGUGCUCUUAUUCUCCAUGGACUUUACAGUGUCCCAAAACUUUUUGGAAUUCGUGCUACAGGUAGCAAAUUUCUAGCCUUAGCUUUCCUAAAUGACUGAGAAUAUUGGUUCCUGACUUCCCUGAAAAGUUGUAUAUCGCGAGGGCUAUUUGAUGCUAAUGCAGUAUGCCACAGGAUGUUUUUGUGCUGGUCAAGGGCAGUCAAGUCUGGGGUGAACCAAGGGCUAUAUCUGUUCUUAGUUCAAUUUUUUUUUAUGGGGCAUGCUUAUUUAAGAUGGCGAGGAAAGCACUUUGGAAGAGCAACCAGACAUCCUCUACUGAUGGGAUGAGGUCAAUAUUCUUCCAGGAUACCAGCGAGCAGGCCUUUCUAAUCGACCUGGCCCGGAAGUGUUUUAGGGAGCGUUUGACAGUGAUGAGGGGUGGUCGUAUGACCGCGGACCCAUAACGCAUGCAGGCAAUGAGGCAGUAAUCGCUGAGAUCCUGGUUGAAGACAGCAGAGUUGUAUUUAGAGGGCAAGUUGGUCAGGAUGAUAUCUAAGAGAUUGCCCAUGGUUUUGGAUUUAGGGUUGUACCUGGUAGGUUCCUUGAUAAUUUGUGUGAGAUUGAAGGCAUCUAGCUUAGAUUGUAGGACGGCCGGGGUGUUAAUUAUGUCUCAGUUUAGGUCUCUUAAUAGUACGAACUCUGAAGAUAGAUGGGGGUGAUCAGUUCAAAUAUGGUGUUGAGGGCUCAAGGGGGUCUAUAACAAGCGGCAAUGGUGAGAGAUUUAUUUCUGGGAAGGUGGAUUUUUAAAAGUAGAAUCUCAAAUUGUUUGGGCACAGAACUGGAUUGUAUGACAGAACUCUGCAGUAGAUUGCAACUCUGCCCCCUUUUGGCAGUUCUAUCUUGUCGGAAAAUGUUAUAGUUAGGGAUGGAAAUUUCUGGAUUUUUGGUGGCCUUCCUAAACUAGGAUUCAGACACGGCUAGGACAUCUGGGUUGGCGGAGUGUGCUAAAGCAGUGAAUAAAACUUAGGGAGGAGGCCUUUAUGUUUCAUUAUGCAUUAUCCUUAUGCUUCUAAUGUUAACAUGCAUGAAACCAAUGCUUUUACGCUUACAGAAGUCAACAAAUGAGAGCGCCUGGGGAAUGGGAGUGAUGCUGGGGGCUGCAGGGCCUGGGUUAACCUCUACAUCAGGAGUAGGAUUAGAGUAUUAGUUAAAGGCUAAAGAAAAUAUGGUUGUCUAGUGCGUUCGGAAUAGAGCGUAAAAGGAGCAGGUUUCUGGGUGCGGAAUAAUAGAUUCAAGGCAUAGUGUACAGACAAGGAAGGGUAUGGUAGGAUGUGUGUACAGUGGAGGUAAGCCUAGGCAUUGAGUGACGAUGAGAGAGGUUUUGUCUCUAGAGGCACCAUUUAAGCCAGGUGCGGUCACCGCAUGUUUUGGAGGUGGAACAUAAGGCAUAUUUAGCAGGGCUGGAAGCGCUACAGUGAAAUAAGACAGAAAUUACUAACCAAAACAGCAAUAGACAAGGCAUAUUGACAUUAGGGAGAGGCAUGUGUAGCCGAGUGAUCAUAGGGUCCAGUGAGUAGCUAGGCGUUCUGGAAGCAUGGCGAUUCAGACUGCUAGCAGGCCGGGGCUAGCAGAUGGGCCUCAGGGGGACGUCGCAACGGGAGAGCCUCUUGAAACCUCCUCGGACGGUUAUGUCGGCAGACCAGUCGUGAUGGAUCAGCGGGGCGCCGCAUCAACAGCAAGGGGUCCAGGCCAAUUGGCAAAAGAGGUAAUUGAAGCCCAGGAAUUAUCUGAUGGAUUUCUUCGCCUAGCUGGGAGAUGGGCCAAGCUCGAGGCUAACUGGUGCUUGAUUCGGGACAGAAACUCCCUCAGACGGUUACGUCGGCAGACCAGUCGUGAUGGAUCAGCGGGGCUCCGCGUCAACAGCAAGGGGUCCAGGCCAAUUGGCAAAAGAGCUGUGUCCAAGUGGAAGAGCACCAUGCCGUGGACAUCGAUGUUUACCACUGUCCCAAAUGUGAUGUCCAACACGGUCCCUCCUUGAUGAAAAAACGUUACAACUGGCACCGGCAUGACUACACAGAGCCUGACGAUGGCAGCAGGCCGGUGCAAGCGGGGACCUCUGUGUUUGUACGAGAGCUGCAGAACAGGACCUUUCCCAGUGCGGAUGAGAUCAUGGUGCAGAUGCAGGGCCAUCAGGUAACACAGAAGUACUUGGAGAAGCAGGGCUUCCACUACCCCAUCACCGUUCCCAAACUGGAUGGACUAGGUCUCAAGCUGCCCCCCUCCAGCUUCUCUGUAAGGGAUGUGGAGGAGUACGUUGGUGGUGACAAAAUCGUGGAUGUCAUUGAUGUUGCCAGACAGGCAGACAGCAAAAUAAAGCUUCAAGAGUUCGUCAAGUAUUACUACAAACCUUAUCGGCCAAAGGUGCUGAACGUGAUCAGUCUGGAGUUUUCAGACACCAAGAUGGCAGAGCUGGUGGUGGUGCCUGAUAUCGCUCAGAAGAUGUCCUGGGUUGAGAACUACUGGCCAGAUGACUCCUUCUUCCCCAAGCCUUUUGUCCAGAAGUACUGCCUGAUGGGGGUGAAGAACAGCUACACAGACUUCCACAUAGACUUCGGAGGCACAUCUGUGUGGUACCAUGUACUCUGGGGAGAGAAGAUCUUCUACUUGAUCAAGCCGACCCAGGCUAAUCUUGCACUAUACGAGGCGUGGAGUUCCUCCCCCAACCAGAGCGAGGUGUUCUUCGGCGACAAGGUGGACAAGUGCUACAAGUGUGUGGUGCCGCAGGGAACCACUGUCCUCAUCCCAACAGGAUGGAUCCAUGCUGUUCUCACCUCUCAGGAUUGCAUGGCGUUCGGGGGGAACUUCCUCCACAAUCUCAACAUAGGCAUGCAGCUCAGGUGUUAUGAGAUGGAGCGGCGGUUGAAGACUCCUGACCUAUUCAAAUUCCCUUACUUUGAGGCCAUCUGCUGGUAUGUGGCAAAGAAUCUACUGGAGACUCUAAAGGAGUUACGAGAGGAUAACUGCCAGCCCCCAGCCUACCUGACAGAAGGAGUGAAAGCCUUGAUUACUGCACUGAAGAACUGGCUGAAACGAGAGGUCACAGAGCCGGCCAGCGAGGUCCCGGACCAUAUCAGACCCAACCGUCUAAUUAAAGAACUCACAAAGGAAAUCCGCUACCUGGAGGAGGAGCAGCAGAGUGGCGCUGGAGGUAGCAAGCCAAUGAAAUCUCAGGGAAGUGGAGCAUGCCCGCUGACGCGGUCGACUCUGGACCGGGCUAGCCAUCAUGCUCGCAGGACUGCCAGACGGCUACGGCACCACCACCAUCAUCACCAUGCGCCCAAGACGCCCUCCAACCUGGAGAUCCUGGAGCUGCACACGCGACAGGUGCUCAAGAGGCUGGAAGUGGGACCCUUUGAGGAGGAUGCCCCCUUCAGCUCCACGGUGACGGCCAAGUUCAACAAGGCAUCUGUGGCAUCUGCUGCAGCUGUGGAGCGGAGCCUGGAGAACAACCUCCGUUUGGUGAUGUGCCACGGCCGGAUUAUCAGAGAUGAGCGUUGUCACACCAGGGUGAAGAAUAGUCCGGUGCAGGAAGGUGAGAGGAAUGGUGGCCAGCAGUUGGAAGGGGUCCUGGUGAAAACAGAAAUCAAUGACACCAUGCAGGAACAGCACAGAGACCCAGAGAGAGGGGAGAUACCGAGCCCCCUCAGCAGUGAGUCUAACUGGUCAAGUCACCGGCUGUCAAUCAACGGUUUAGAGUUUUUCGAAAGAGUGAAUUCCGAUCUGAGGAAAGGAACCGCGGUGUACUCCGACAUCUCAGACUCUGAGUCCGAAGAGCGUUGCUCUACACAGAAAAGGGACUCUGGGAAGGAUUCAGGGAGCUCAGAUGAGGAGGAUAAGGAGCUGUGCAGGACGGAGCGAGGCACAGGCAGUGUGACGGACCUGCAGCAGGCCAGCCAGGCCCUCAGCCACCACCACAAACCACUCAAAGGAGAACAUCCUACCUCGCCAACCACAGAAGAGGAGGCUGUUGAGGGCAUGCUGUCCAUGGCAGGGCUGCUGUACCCUCAGCGACCAGAGGAGAGUAGCACUGCCCAGGAGCCCUGGUGGUCCAGCCCACCCCAUCGCUCCCCUGACCGUGGUGAAAGAGAGCCUGCGUCAGGGGAGGAGAGCCAGGAUUCAGACAGCAACUCCACACUGAGCCUUCAGGAUGAGCGGAGGGCCCAGCAGCAUGUGCGUAAGGAGUGUCGGGCUGAACUCAGCCAGAGGAUCCAGGAGAACAAGAACUUCAUGGACAGUCAGAGCAGUGGGAGUAACAGCAGCGAGGCCUGGGGGGACCAGAGCCCCUCUCAGGCUGCCUCUAGCCCACUCUGCCUGGACCCCAGACCAGGGACUGACUAUCAGUACUGUGAGACCACUCUGUCACCCCCCCUGCAUCCCUCCAAGAGGUCCGCCCCAAACACCCCACCCAUCAGUAAUCAAGCGACUAAAGGAAAACGUCCUAAGAAAGGUAUGGCCACCACCAAGCAGAGACUGGGGAAGAUUCUCAAGCUGAGCAGGAGCAACCACUUUUUGCUAUAGCACUCAAGACCCAUAUGUCUCCAGUAAAAACUUUAAGGGACAACUCGACCCCUACCCAUAUACUGAGGAUGCGUCUCUUUCAGCUUCGACUCUCACAUUCUAUCAAAAAUCCUCGCUUGGAUGGACUGCCCUGAAUCACUGACUCCACAUGCUAGAUGACAAAGACACGAGCGAGCGCACCGUUUCCCAUGGUGAAGUGAUGGUGCGCUGUAAAAACAACUGCUUGGAUUCUCAGCAGUGACAUUGGAUUGUAUAUGUUCUAGUCAUCAAAAGAGAGAGACAGUAAAUUUGGCUUCGUUUGAGUUGAAGCACCGCAACAACACAGAAUUGUCCAAAGAUGCAUGGCAGUGGGAAUUUAAAUUACGUCUUUUGAUACAACAACUUUGCAUCUGAGCCACGCUUUUGUAUCUGUUUUGGCUGGUGCUUUACCCAAGGCUUGCACUAGCCCUUCCAACCAACACUACUUGUUAUGCCACAACAAGCAAAACAUGUUGUGCUUAAGCCGAGAAUGGCAAGUGAAGAUGCUGCUUUCUGCUACCUGGUUUUCAUCACCUCUUUGGGACAUUGUCUUGUGUUAGUCUGACUGAAGCGCAAGAAUGGUGCUAUGGUGUUGGAACAAAUUUGAAAUGGUGCUAUAGUGUAUAUUCAUGCUAUCCUUUCGUCUACCCUCCUGUCACGAUCACACCAGUGAUUGCAUUUGAGAGAGGGGGGAGAUAUUUUGAUGCAGCACUAGUCACCUUGCCUUAUCAGCCUCCCAGUACGUAAAAAGCUAUCAUGAAUCCUAAUGCAUUAAGCCAUUCCAAAAAUACCUCUCCUACCACAUUAAGAGUACUGGUUCUGUUUACUAAAAGAGUUACGAGCCUUAUUGCUCUAUAGUUGAUCACUCUAUAGUUGAUCAUAUCAAAUGUGUUCCUUUGGUGCCAUCUAUUGGUCAAAUUAGGGCAGGUAGCUUGAGAGUGCUGUUAUUAUUAAAGGUUUCUGAAAUUGCAAAAAGCUUUUAUAUAAAGUAAAAAAUGUACAGAAUUUAUAAUAAGUUAUCCAUAAUUUAUUUCACUUUCUCUUUUGGUGUUUAUUGUUCUGUUUCUUUUGCUGGUAUUGAAUUAUGUAUUGAGGGGGGGAAAAGUUAAUAAUGGCUAUAUGACUAUGACAAUCCUGUUACGAUGGAUAGUGUAACGGAUGUGGGAUUUUCUUCCCUAAGAGGCAAAGUAUACAACCUCUUACAUUUGUAUGGGUGGAUUUCAGCAAAAAUCUACAAAAGAUUAUACACAUUUCCUAUCUUCUAGUUGGGCUAAGAAUGAUACUUUGAUUAAAAAAGAUUGGUCAAGAAUAUUUGGCUAUUUGUAUGAAAUUGAAAGAAUAUUUAUUUUUUAAUAAAUGUGUCAAAGGAAAAAUCCACUCAACUGUAUUUUGGCUUUUUUUCUUUCAUUAGUCCACUUGAUACAGUCCCAAAAUGUUUUGCAUGUCAGCAGUCAAGUUUUCAAGAUAGGAUUUUCAAGAAGCAAAGUGUCACUUGAUGCGGCACAUGCAAAACAUUUUGGGACUGUAUCAACAAUGGACUCAUUUUUUUAAAAAGAGUGGAUUUUUUUCUUUAAGUGACAGAAUUUUGCAAUUGUAUGUAAUUAAGGCUACUGAUCCAGUUAUUGUUAAAGGGUAUGCUUAUUUUCCCUGUCACUAUAUAUACCCUCAUAUUGGCUUGAAAGACCUCAGGUUGGAUUUUGAAUGGGUCUUUCUUUUUGGUGAUAAUGCCAAAAAUGUGAACACCAUGAAUGGCUUGAAAGACCUCUUACAUUUGUAGUGAGAGAUUCCUCAGUUUGUGUCUUUCUCAGGGACCCAUGCUCUUGACUUAAGAAACGUUUGUUUUGAUAAGCAACAUGAAAUGACCCAUCAUCGUGGACACAUUUUCUGAUCAUUGAUCUAUUCACUUUUUUUUUUAAUGUGUAGUUGGUAUUACAAGUGUUACUAAGAACCCUUUUAGUUGUACCCUUGAGUCCUUUUUUUAUAGAAAUGGAAUUAUGUAGCCUGUCUCCAACUUUCAUUCCAAAAUCGUGUUUUUUCAUGUUAAUCGUCAUCACUUCAAACAGUGAAUGGUGGACAAAGUUACAACUGCUCAGGGCUGUUUGAUGGUGCCCGUUUCUAGACUAAGAACUUCAAAUAUUUAGGUUGACCCAAAGGAAGCAAUCUCUUUUGAAUAUAAAACCAUUUCUUGCAUUUGGCACAGAGCAUGCCAACAGAGGGGACCCCAAGUAAAAUUAAGCCAUCACUAAAUCUUCACUAUUCUCAUGUGCUACCUGGCAAGACAUAUUGCACUAACUUCCAGGUUUAAGCAUGUCAAAUAGCUUUAAGUGCCACCCACCCAGAACGGAGUUCCUAUCUUUGGCUGACUUAUUCUACACCCUCAUGUUAAUUGUGCUGUGCUCCUGUCUAGCUAUUUAGCCAUUUGCGGUUGCCUAUAUAUGCUGUAGGGAUUCAUUCAGAGAAACUUGACUUCUCCUACUCCCAGCCCUUGUAAACGAUAAUAACAAAAAGACAAAGCUUCUUAGAAGCAAAGCUCAUGAGUUGCUUUCCAGUUACUCAACUGUUUCACUUUUCAGCAUCCAACAUGUUUGAUCGUGCAUGGCAUUACUGGCCUGCUGGCAGGGUCCUAUUAUCCAGUAGGCUACUAUUAAUUGUACAGUAUUUAUUUGACUGCAUUUUAGAUCAGUUUUACAUUUGUGUGAAGUAUUGUUGGUCAUGGUAUGUCUUUCUAUUCUGCAAAUUGCUUGUUUCAACGGCUAUAUGUUGUGAUCAUUCAAAACGAAAUAAGCUUAAGUCUUUUGACACUGUAACCCAUUUGCAAUGAAUCUUUGAACGUUUAUUUCUGUAUCCCAAUGUGGCCUGUAAAAUAAUAAAAUAUUUUUAAGCAA